GAAACAGAAAAUUUUCGCGUCAUUCUUUGUUGUGUCACGUGACGGUUAUAGAUCCAAAAUGGCUGCCGACAACCUCCCAUCCGAAUUUGACGUUAUCAUCCUUGGGACAGGCCUUACUGAGUCUGUCAUUGCUGCUGCAUGCUCACGAGUGGGACAGAGAGUUCUGCACUUAGACAGGAGAAACUACUAUGCUGGAAACUGGGCCAGCUUUACAUUCAAUGGCCUGCUGUCAUGGAUUGAGGAGUACAAGGCUCAGCAAGAAACUCCAAGCAGCAAGUCAGAACAGGGAUGGAACGAUCAAAUUGAGGAUGAUGAGGAAGUUGUUUUUCUCAGCUCUGUAGACUCCUCCAUCUCCAAUCUGGAAGUAUUCUCUUAUACCAGCGAGGAGUCUGAGGAUGACGUGAACAGCUUGCCCAAAGCAGCUGAGGAGAUGAAUGGCUGCCGUACAGAAGCCCAAGACACAGGUUCUUUCAAUGCUUGUACACAAGACCCACAGAAUCUAGAGGAGAAUGAGCAAACAUCUAAGAACCAAGACCCCUGCCAAUCAGAGGAAGGCAAAAAAGAUCAGCAGCCAAUAAGAAGCCCAGAGCAAGCAUUAGAGGUGAAAAAGAAAAUAACGUAUGCUAAGCUACUGAAGGAGGGGCGCAGAUUUAACAUUGAUCUUGUGUCUAAGCUGCUGUAUUCCCGUGGCUUACUGGUGGACCUUCUCAUCAAGUCCAAUGUCAGCCGCUAUGCUGAGUUCAAGAACAUCAGUUGCAUCUUGACGUGUCAUAAUGGCAAAGUAGAGCAGGUCCCGUGUUCGCGUGCAGAUGUAUUUGGCAGUAAGCAGCUGACUGUGGUGGAGAAACGUAUGCUGAUGAAAUUCCUUACUUUUUGCCUGGACUUUGAGCAACACCAAGAGGAGUUCCAAGAUUUCGCAGAGAUGCCAUUUUUGGAGUUUCUCAAAUGUAAGAACCUGACAGAGAAUCUGCAGCAUUUCAUUUUGCACUCCAUUGCCAUGGUGAGCCAAGAUGCUUCAACCAACAAUGGCCUGAAGGCAACGCAGCACUUUUUGCGUUGCCUAGGUCGCUAUGGCAAUACACCCUUCCUGUUCCCACUUUAUGGCCUAGGUGAAAUUCCACAGUGCUUUUGCAGAAUGUGUGCUGUUUUUGGGGGCAUUUAUUGUCUGCGCCAUUCUGUGCUGUGCCUGGUUGUGGACAAGGAGUCGGACAAGUGUAAAGCUGUGAUUGACACUCAUGGGCAGCGAAUUAGUUGCAGCCAUUUUGUAGUGGAAGACAGCUACAUCCGAGAUGACCAGAGAAUGCAAACAACAUACAAGCAUAUAUCCAGAGCAGUGGUCAUCACAGACCGGUCGAUUUUACCCUCCGAAUCUGAUCAGCAGAUUUCAUUGGUGACAGUGCCACCUCUUGAGCCUUCUUCUCCAGCUGUAAGGAUGGUGGAGCUCAGUUCAUCCUCCAUGACGUGCAUGCCUGGAACGUAUUUGGUCCACCUGACCUGCUCAUCAUCAGGCUCAGCUCGUGAAGAUCUGGCGUCUGUUGUUUCCAGGCUGUUUCAUGUACCCAGUAGCUGCACAGGGGAAUCUGUACAAGGAUCUGAGGAGAAUGAGAAGCCUGUGGUAUUGUGGGUGAUGUACUUCAACAUGCGGGAUACAUCUGGCCUUGACCGCAGCAGCUACAGUCUGCCAAGCAACGUCCAUGUGUGCACAGGCCCUGAUGACAGCUUGGGCAGCGAUUACUCCAUUAAAUUGGAUGUUUUGUCCAUAGCGUGGGAAGAAAUCUGAAGUCGCCAAAUGGGAUGUGAGGGCAUAUCUCAGCAAACUUGAGAUGUACCUUGACCAAAAUUGGUAGGUCACUGAAGGACCUCAUCCUAGGGGUCCCCAAGAAUUGUCUAAUUUCACCUUUAGGUGGCGCUGUAAUUUGAACCACUUGACAUCAAAUCAAGAUUCUUGUUUGUAUUGAAUCUAUUGAAGGUGGGGAGUACUACUGAUCUAUCAAAUUUGUCAUUUCUAAAACAGGAAGUCUGCCAUUUUGAAUUUUAGCAAAAAAAAAAAAUUUCACUUUUUCUCCUAGAAAUUUUGUCGAAUAACCAUAACAUUUUGAGGACAGCAUCAGGAGACCAACUGGAAUGAAAGUUCUUUUUCAGAUUUUUGAUAUGAUGGAUGGAUCAUCCAUAACAUACAAACGAAUUUAAAGAUGAUGUCACCAAACAAGUUGUGAGGGCAUAUCUCAGCAAUGGUUUGAUGGAUUCUGACCAAACUUUGUAGAUGAGUAAUUGACUGUGUCCUAUGGGACUCCAAGAAGUUUGGUCUAAAUCCCUGCUAGUUACGAAUUAGUAAAAUGGCUCAUAACUUUUGAACCACUUAAUCUGCAGUCAUGAUUCUUCUUUCUCUUGAUUCCUUGGGAGGCACCGAGAGCUCGACACGAAUUUGUGAUCUGCCAAACAGUAAGUCUGCAAUAUUGAAAUUAAAUAAAAAAUGUUUGUUUUUUUUUAAUUUUGCUACUCUUACAAAUUUUGUACAAUUAUCUUGAAAUUUAGAUCACGACAUUGUGAGAUCAUUCCAAAAAAAAAAAAACUGUGAUGUUUCAUCCAUAAUCUGCAAAUGAAUUUAAUGGUUAAUGUAUAUAUUAACAUUAAACUUGUCACAUAGAUUUAGCAACAUGGUUGGAAACAAUGAACAAAGUUUGACAUCAUUUGCAACUUGGGAGGGCCACUGAAGACGGGAAGUGAUGAGAUAUCUCAGCAACAGCUUGACCUUUUGCCUUCAAAUUUAGAACAUCUCCUUUGGAGCAAGCGAUGAUAGUCCCACUGGCUUCUAGUCUUCCUCCAUCGUUAAGGGGUAGGGACAGAAAGUGCUUGGCCCUUUAAGUGCUGCUUGCAGCUAUAUUCUUAUACAACCAUUGUACUGUUGGAGUGAAUCAAGUCUCAAGCACACAUGGGCAGAACACACAUGCUGAUUGGGAUUGUGAAAAGAAUUUGAUGCAGUUUUCCAUGCCUGUCCCUUUAAUCAUCACACUAGCAUAACGUAUCAUGAGACUGGAGAUAACUUAAAACUCAUUCAAACACUGGUAUGGUUAAAAAGCUGAACAGACUAACUGGACUCAUGCAGAUUACGCACAAUCUCAGUUUAAAUCUCACAAUUUCAGAGUGGGUUAUUGGUGUUAAUUGAUUCAGGUAAAAAUGUCCCUAUCGUAAGUAUGAUUGGGCCCAUUUUGCUUGCCUGAGUAGCAGGAGGGAUUACUACCUGUUGACCAAGUUUCAGGUCUCUAUUAUUUAUGGUUUAGUCUCCCUGAUUUGUUUUAGUGGGAAAUCAUAAUAAUAAUAAGAAGAAAUAUAGCAGCAAGUGGCAAUCUGUGGGGUCCAAGCACCCCUCACAAAUAGGGCUGAUGAAAGAAGUUUGGCUGAAGGCAGCCAUGUUUUUGAUAUAAUUAAGUGAUGAUUAAAAAUUCAGUUACAGAUAAGCAGAACAAUGCAGCACACCAAAUUGCAGCUCAAAAAGGCCGCUGGUUCCUGAGAAACAGCUAAUUUACCUAUCUUCGCCCCUUUCAAUGACCAUGCCCCAACCUUUGCGCAUGUUCUCAGAUCCUUGUACUGAACAUAUCUUUAAGGUUUGGUUCAAAUCAAUAUCACCAAAUAUUGAAUUACAGCUAUUUGAGUAAUCCAGCGCCACCUUCUCAGAAUAGAUUGAUGUACACCGAUCAGCCAUAACAUUAAAACCACCUGCGUAAUAUUGUGUAGGUCCCCGUUGUGCCACCAAAACAGCUCUGACCCAUCGAGGCAUGGGCUCAACAAGACCUCUGAAGGUGUGCUAUUGUAUCUGGCACUAAGACAUUAGCAGCAGAUCCUUUUAAGUCCUGUAAAUUGUGAGGUGGGGCCUCCAUGGAUGACACUUGUUUGUCCAGCAUAUCCCACAGAUGCUUGAUCGGAUUGAGAUCUGGGGAAUUUGGAGGCCAGGUCAACACCUUGAACUCUUUGUCAUGUACCUCAAACCCUGAAAAAUUUUUGCAGUGUGUCAGGGCGCAUUAUCCUUCUGAAAGAGGCCACUGCCAUUAGGGAAUACCGUUGCCAUGAAGGGGUGUACUUGGUUUGCAGCAAUGUUUAGGUAGGUGGAACAUGUCAAAGUAACAUCCACAUGAAUGCCAGGGGUCUGGAUGGGGUCUGACCGCUCUGCAGCUAUGUGCCCCCAUAUGCAGCAAGCUGCAAUUCAUUGUGUGUUCUGACACCUUUCUAUCAUACCCAUACUCAUACUUUUUCAGCAAUUCAUGCUACAGUAGCUCUUCCAUGGAAUCAGACGAGACAGGCUAUCCUUUGCUCCCCAUGCGCAUCAGUGAGCCUUGGGUGCCCAUGACCCUGUCACAAGAUAACUGGUUGUCCUUCCUUGGACCACUUUUGGUAGGUACUAACCACUGCAUACCAGGAACACCCCAAAAAAAACUGCCAUUUUGGAGAUGCUCUGACCUGUCGUUUUGCCAUCACAAUUUGGCCCUUGUUAAAGUCACUCAGAUCCUUAUGCUUGACCAUUUUUCCUGCUUCCAACACAUCAACUUCAAGAGCUCACUGUUCAUUUGCUGCCUAAUAUAUCCCAACGCUUGACAGGUGCCAUUGUAACGAGAUAAUCAAUGUUAUUCACGUUACCUGUCAGUGGUUUUAUGGCUGAUCAGUGUAUAGUGGCCAUAUUGUUUAGAAAUGUAAACAUAUUUUUGAUAAUUAUUGAGUUUCACACACUGCUGAGUAGUUUGACACCACAUUUGUGAAGAUGGGCCAAAAAUCCUAUAACUAGUUCACAAAAGUAUGUUUCGCAUAUUAAGCAAAUUAUCACAGAUUUAAUUAGGCUGAGCUAAAGGGUGAAAAAGGCACUUUUUAGCAUGGGAGCAAACACAUUAAACUAAAAAGUUUUCACUGUAGGACUUAUUUUCCAAGAGAUAUGCUUGUUUUUGUGUACAAACAUGAAUAGCGCCCCCAGUUCAAGUGAGAUUGCAUCAGAAGCCCGAACAUACCAUUCAAGUUUUGUGACAAUACCUCAGCAAUAACCCUGUCAAAUGCUUGCUGAAUCCUGAUUGUUUUUUUUUUUUUAAUAAUUAGGUCAUUAUCCUAAAAAUUCUAACAAUUCCAAAAGGGUUACAAACACUGUGCUUGUUCCCCUAAAUACAGUUGCAAGUGGCAGUCUGCGGGAGCCAAGCACCAUGUGCGAGUCACACCACAG